GGGAUGCGGAAGCGGGGUGCCGGUCGGUUGCGGAAGCGGGCGGGUUGGUUGUGUGUGGAGCCGCUGGGCACCGGGGCCGCCGGGCUGAGGAGAGAUGCGGCGCCGCUGCUGCUGCCUCCUGCUGCUCCUGGCGCUGCUGUGCGGGCCGGGCCGCGGCAGGGAGCCCGGGCCGGGCGCUGUUACCUGCGGGUCGGUGCUGAAGCUGCUCAACACCCGCCACAACGUGCGGCUGCACUCGCACGAGGUCAAGUACGGAUCGGGAAGUGGGCAGCAGUCGGUGACUGGAGUUGAAGUUUCAGAUGAUGCUAACAGUUACUGGCGGAUUCGAGGGAAAAAUGACGACACUUGCCAACGAGGAACACCAGUGAAGUGUGGGCAAGCAAUCCGACUUACCCAUGUUAACACAGGAAAAAACUUACACACACAUCACUUCCCGUCACCGCUGUCCAAUAAUCAGGAAGUAAGUGCCUUUGGUGAUGAUGGUGAAGGAGAUGACUUGGAUAUAUGGACAGUACAGUGCAGUGGGACACACUGGGAGCGGGAGGAUGCAGUGCGUUUCAAGCACAUAGGAACUGACGUCUUCCUUUCAAUAACGGGAGAACAAUAUGGCCACCCAAUCAGAGGCCAACGGGAAGUUCAUGGCAUGCAUUCUCCUAAUCAUCACAACUACUGGAUGGCAAUGGAAGGAGUUUUCAUUAAACCCAGCAUGGACCCUGCAAAACACGAUGAGCUAUGAAUGGUUAAAGGACUUUAAUGUAUCUGUUAAUCCAGGAGUAGGAGCUGCCAAUCCUGGGUCUCUUGUAAAUACUGUCUUAUCUGUUUAACUGACUCUCUGUACAACAGAAGGGCAUUAGGAUAUUCUAAGAAUGCAACACUUCUGUGGGGAACUGCAAUUUCCUGGAUCACAUAUUGAAAUUUGUUUGGCAAAGUACUGUUUGAAUUUUCUAAUUUAAUUGGUGGGAAAAAGCUUGUGUUUCUGUUAGUUUUCACUGUAAUUCCCUUUGCUUAUUUCUUCCCCUCUACCCAAUCCAAAAGGAAGUGACAGAUUUGAAGUAAAGCAUCUCUCUGAUCAAUCCCAAAUAUAAUGCACAUUUAUAUUUUGUGUUCUUUUUGCAGUUAUAAUUAAAAUUUUGGAAACUAGUCUCUGCUGUUUAGUGAAUGAACGUUACUAAAUGACAAGAUGGAAUAGAUCUAGAAUGGGGAAAAUAUUUCUCAAACAUGGCAUUAUGUAGAGGUGAUGGAAUCAACAAUCCAAUCUUCCAGAAAAAAAUUGUAGUUCAGUUGAAAAUUGCUUCUAAUGUUUGUAAUGGGUUUCAAUGUGUGCUGUAUCUGCAUUUAAAGACAUCCCACUGGAAAAUGUAAAUAUUGUGUAAGAUGGGGUAAAGACAGUUAUUUUUCACUCUAGAUGUGUGGUGUUUUGUUUGGUCUUUUUUUUUUUUUUUUUUUGCUUUAAAGAAUUUGCAUUUUGGUAGUGAUACUGCUGCUACUACUUAAGUGGUAAGAUUGUUCUGAGAACUGUUACAGAAAGUUACUAUUUAUAGAAUUCUGUUCAUUAAACAAAUUUUUCUAAAUAGUCUGAA